ACAGAGAAAGAAAAAUAGAAUAUAAGAUGAAAUAUUCUCUUUAGCCAUCAUGGUUUUUUUUGGUGUUUUCUUUUUAAGAUCAAACAAAUAAAGCAAACCAGAUCUCUGUUAGAAGAGUCCGAAGCUCUAGCAUAUUUUUUUUUUUGUUUGGGAGGGUUGUUUAGAUUCAAGCUUGAGUUGGGUUUUCUUUUUUUUCUUGUCUUUUGGCAGAAUCAGAGCGUCAAAGAUUUUUCUUACCAAAGAUUUAUCUGUUUGUGCUUGGGAGCAAAAUCCUGUGUUUUCUUCUCCAGUACGGUCUUAACCUUUUGAAAGCUAGUUGUUUCGGUUUAAAUAAUUCACAAGCUAGCAAGCAACCCGUUUUGAAUUCAAACCCAAUGAUGUCCGGUGACACCUUCUCAGUACCCUCUUCAAUCGGAGGGUUUCCUCAAGAACAGAAUGCAAACCCUAACCCUAAACCUGAUCCUAAUCCAGCUGUCAAGAAGAAGAGAAACCUACCAGGAACACCAGAUCCAGAUGCUGAAGUUAUUGCUCUCUCACCGAAGACACUCAUGGCAACGAAUCGAUUCAUCUGUGAAAUAUGCAAUAAAGGGUUCCAGAGGGAUCAGAAUCUACAGCUUCACCGACGGGGUCACAAUCUUCCAUGGAAGCUCCGGCAAAGGACAAAUAAAGAGGUCCGAAAGAAGGUCUAUAUUUGCCCUGAAAAAACUUGCGUCCACCACGACCACUCGAGAGCUCUCGGUGACCUCACCGGAAUAAAGAAGCACUUCAGCAGGAAACACGGCGAGAAGAAAUGGAAGUGCGAGAAGUGUUCGAAGAAAUACGCUGUUCAAUCUGACUGGAAAGCUCACUCUAAGACCUGUGGGACUCGCGAGUACAAGUGUGACUGUGGAACCCUUUUUUCCAGGAAGGAUAGCUUCAUCACCCACAGAGCAUUUUGCGAUGCCUUAGCUGAUGAGAGUGCCAGGCUUACUUCACUUGCCGCUUCUAAUCUGAGUUUCAGAAGCGAUUCAUCACUGAAUGAGACCGUGAUAAAUCCUCAAGGAUUGUCCGGCAGGGGAGUUCAAGAUGCUGCCGGAAUUUGCCAAUUUCGCCCCGGGUUUCGACCAGAUUUCAACGGCAUGGCAAUUGGCGUAGAUCAGCAGAAGCCCAGAUUGUCGCUGUGGCUUAACCAGCCAAACGACAUGGUAGCUAAUUCUCAUCUUUACGCGUCAUCAAGUUCUACAGGCUUUCCUGAUCAUAUGGUGCAAGCGGCGUCGGGUAAUGCUCUCUUUGGUUGUUCAUCCUCUUCUAUUGGCAAUUUUGGAAACUUCAACGAGUUUGAAGGGUUUGAUAAGACUGUUAAUCCAACUUCAGCAAAUGCAAGCCUCUCUUUAACAGCUUCGCUUCAUGAAUUGAAGGAGGGAGGGAACAAAGGAAACUUGGUGGAAACGCUAUCCUCUCUUUACUCUGACAGCCAAAGCAAGCAAUCAAAGCCGGCUCCGGCUGCUCCAAUGUCCGCCACUGCGCUUUUACAGAAGGCAGCCCAGAUGGGUUCUACAAGAAGCAACAACAACAACCAAUCACCCUUUUGCAACACCUUUGGAGUGAUGAGCUCCUCUUCUUCAAACACAACAAGCUUCAUUAACAAUGCUCUCAAUCAAAACAGAAAUGAUCAUCAGCUGAACCAGGUGUUUCAAAAUGCGGAUGGAAUGGUGGGCAGCUCAAAUUUGAUCUCAUUAACAAGUUCGUCAAAGAGCUUUGAUCAGCUGAUGAUGCAAGGGAGUGGAAAACAAAGUGAGCCAGUAGUUCCAGCUAAGCAUCAAAGCAGCCCAACUAGGGACUUUCUUGGAAUGGGAGGAAGAGAAUCUCAACGACCAUUCUUACCGCAGGAGCUGGCAAAGUUUACUUCAAUGGGCUCGUCUAUGGGUUUGAGCCAAUUCACUGGCAACCACUGAAGUCACUUAUCAGCCCUGGUUGACAUGUUUGUUCUAUUACAAGUAAGUGCAAGAUAGCACAAGUUUGAGCUUAAUUUCUUUCAAUUUCCAUGCUGGAAAAACGCGUAAUUCAACUAGAGAGAGAGAGAGAGAGAGAGAGAUUGUGAAUAGUGUGAAUGAGGUGGGGGUCCAGUGCAUGUCCGAAAGGUCUGAAUGGAGAGCGGGACUCCAAGUCAUGCAUGUUCAAUUCGUUUGUUGUUGUUGUUGUUUUAUGUUCUGUCUCAACUUUCUUACCUCUUUUUGCUCCCUUCUUUUGAAAAAAAGAAAAAAAGAAAAGAAAAGAAAAUUGAGUAGCGCAGAAAACUACGUGGUGUCAUUGACUGUCUGUCAAAGUAUCUGCCUGCCUCUUCAACUUUGGUGGGUUAAGACUCAAGAGGAAGAGUAAUGCUACACAGACUUUACUUCUA